AUGGACAUUAUUCAAGGGUUCAUUCAACCGCCCAAACAACAAACAGCAGAUGACACAAUUCCUACUCUCUGUGAUGCUGUAGAGAAUUCAACUUUAAUUAGUGAUAGGAGAUCUGCAGUUCUUGGAUUGAAAUCAUUUAGUAGACAGUAUAGAGAAACAGUAAUUGCAUCUGGGUUAAAACCAUUAAUCAAUACAUUGAAAAAAGACUAUGAAGACUUAGACACCUCUAGAGCCAUACUUGAAACAUUAUUAAUUUUGUUCAUUAGAGGUGAAGGUAAUCAGGAUUUGACAAGAGAUUGGGUCUCUACACAGUCUCGUUUACAAAAUGGUAAAUACCCCUCACCAUUAGUUAUGAAACAAGAAAUUCAAACAGUGGACCAAUUUUCUUUAUGGAUCGCCGAUGCAUUAUUACAGAGCCCGGAAGUUGUCAAAAUAAUUUUUUAUUUAAUGGAUUCUAGUAAUUUCCAUGUGAAAUUGUACACCAUCCAAAUUUUAGAAGCUUUGGUAGCAACUAGACCUUUGAGAACAAGAGAAACGAUCAUUGCUGUGCCUACAGCUAUUUCACAACUAGUAUUUUUAUUAAAUGAUCCAAUGGAUGCCGUUAGAGAUGAAGCUAUUUUAUUAUUAAUGUCUGUUGUUAAUGAUAACACUCAUAUUCAAAGUUUAGUUGCUUUCGAAAACAUUUUUGAAAGAUUAUUCACUAUAAUUUCGGACGAAGGUGGGUUGAGAGGUAGCAUUGUUGUCAAUGAUUCUUUAGCUUUAAUCAGUAAUAUUUUAAAAUACAAUAAUUCGAACCAGACAUUGUUUUUCGAAAGUGGCAAUGUCCCUCAAUUAGCACAAUUAUUAAGCGAACCUUUAGAACAGGGUGAAAAAUUUUAUUGGAAUGAUCAAAGAAUUUCUAAUGUUAACACCACCUUAGAUAUAGUUAGGACUCUUGUAGUUCCAGGCAAUUCCUCGACCCCCUCACAUCAAAAACAACUUUUUGAUUUUAACAUAUUGAUGAUUAUUUCAAGCUUAGCCUUUUAUUUGAAGACACCCAAGGAAGUUCGACCAAAUGCAUUAAUAACAGCCUCUGAUAUUAUAAGAGACAAUGAAUCUUUACAAUAUGAAUUUAGUAAAAUAGACGUCCCAUAUAUUGACCCCAGUAUGCCUAUUAGCGCCAAAAAUUUAAAAGAUGGAAUUGAAAUCUAUCCAAGCACAAAAGUCUUAUUGUCCUGGGCUUUAAACAUUAAUUCUGUUCAUUUUUUUGAAAUUAGAGUUUCAUCACUAGAUUUCUUAAAGGCUUAUUUGGGUGGGAGUUUGGAAAUUCAGAAAAGCUUUGUACAAAGUCAAAUCCAAGAAUAUCAAGAGGGUAUUGCUGAAUCUGAUAAAAGCUUUAAUAUGUUUCAAACUUUGCUAGAGUAUAAUCCUGAUUUGAAUUUAAACCCUUACAAACUAUUUUUCAGUGUCGAAUUAUUGAUAUACUUGUUUCAUGAUGAUGAAACUGGAGAAUUGAAGAGAAUUUCAAGAUCAAUUAACUCUGGAUCUUCUGAAGAUUCGGAAAAUAUGACGUCUAUUCAAUCGUUGUGCGAAUUAUUUUUAACAUAUCUAUCUUUAAGGGACAUUCGUAUUUCCUUGUCGUAUUUAUCCCUAUUAGCGUACUGGAUUUUUGCAGAUUUCCAAGCGGACAAUGAUUUUCUUUUUUCCAAAGCUAAUGUAAACCAGUUUAUCAGUUUGUCGACACAAAGCGAUGAUGGUAACAUUUUAAUAAAAUGUAUGAUUAUUAUGCUGUUGGGUAUUUCUUACGAGUUUUGUACCAAGGAUUCCUUUAUUCCAAGGGCAGAAUACCACGAUACUUUACUGAAAAUGAUUGGUUUGGACAAUUAUAGGUUUAGGGUAAAGCAAUUUGUUGAUAACACUUUAUUUGUGGAAGCAGCAGAGAUAAACUUUUAUUCACCAGGAUACGACGAGACUGGAUUACCUAAGAUUUUUUUUAGUCCGUUAUUUGUUGAUUUGAUUAAAAAAAACUUUUAUCAAAUCCAAACCGCUUUAAAUCGUGACCCAACAGUUGAGCCUAAAGAAAAGUUAUCCUUCAAAGUUUUCGAACAGACUCAGUCAGAAUGCGCCAAACUUGAAAAAGAAUUGAAUGAUUCUAAUACAAAGAAUGGAAGAGAGAUUGACGAUUUGAAAAAUAGUUUAACCAUCCUAACUAAAGAUUACGAUGAAUUAUCUGAAAAUUUUAAUUCUUUGACUACAGAAAGGAAAAAUUUGGACAAUGAAAUGUUAAGAGUUAAAACUGAAUUGGAUAAAACCCUAAUUAAUUUGAGAGAAAUUACAAGUGAAAAAAAUGCUUUGAUGAACAAUAAAUUGAAAAAUGAAAAACAAAAGGAAAAUUUGGAUAAGUUGUUAAUUUCUAAAGGUCAAGAACUGGAAAAAAUGCAAAAAGAACUAACUACGGUCAAAAGUGAAAAAAGUAAAGCAGAUGAUGGCAUUAAUAAGAUGAAUCGGGAAUUGAUGAAAUUAACUAAAUCCAGCCAAGCUUUAAAGGAUGAAAUUGAAGAAUUGAAAGCGACAAAUGAAAAGUUGAAAAAAAAUUAUCAAAAAGAGAUUGAAUCUUUGAACAAAAAAAUAACUGGAAAGGAAUCUGACUUUGACCUAGAAAAGAGGAAAGUUGCUGAAUUGCAAAAUAAACUUUCCCGUGCUGAAAUGGAAAAGAAUACCUUACAAAGGGAAUUGGAUGACUUAAGACCUAGAUUUAAAAGUAAUGAUGAAUUAGUUUCGAAGUUGACUGAGAAAUUAAAGUCCUUAGCACUAAAUACUAAAACAAUCUCUGCGGAAAAAGAAUCUUUAUUACAACAAUUAAAAUCUUUUGAGAAUACCAAAAAUGAACAACUUGUGGAAUUACAAACAAAAUACGAUAAUUUAGAAUUAGAAAAGAACGAUUUAGAAAAUGAAAGAAAUGAUUUAUUGAGCAGUAUUGAUUCAUUCGAGGAGGAAAUCAAGGUUAAAACUAACCAGUUGAAAGAUAAGGAUACCGAAUUAAACACAUCAAGGUUAAACAAUGAAAUGGAGAUUUCUAAAUUAAAGGAGGGCCUAGCUACCGAAUCUAAUAAAAUUGAAAAAAAUAAAUCUCUUUACGAGAAUUCUAUUAAAGAAUUGGAGGAAAAGCUGGCUAGUAAGGAACAAGAAAUGGAGAAUUCUUUAUCUCAGCUUAAAGAUACAAAAUGCGAAUGCGAUAACUUGACGAUUGAAUUAAAAAAAAUAAGUUCUGAACAGAAAAGGGUAGCUGGAGAAUUAGAGGAAAAAAGAGCAGAAUUAGAUGACUUAACUACAAAUUUGGAGUCUAAAGAAGAAAAUUUGAAAGAGUCUACUAAAAAGUACCAAGAACUUCAAACUACUCUAGAUUUACAAAAUAAAGAUUAUGAAUUAAAAUUAAGUGGAGCAACUCAAAAAUUAACGGAGAAAAGUGAUGAAUUAAAUGUAAUUAUUGAAAAUAAGGUCACCUUGGAAAAGAUUUUGGAUGAAACUAAAGCAAAAUUUGUCGAGUCUGAUAAAGGCAAUAAAAGUGAAAUUACCAAAUUGAAAGAGAUUAUAAAUGUGUUACAAGCCAAAAAUGAAACUAUUUCUAAGGAAAAGACAGAUGUCGAAUCGAAAUUACAAGAAUCUAAAAAAUCUGUUUCUGAUCAGUUACCUAUUCUCAAACAAUUAGAAGAGGAAAAUUUCGAACUUAAGAGAAAUUUAGAAUCGAUGAAAAAUGAAAAUAUUGCUCAUGAAAAAUCAAACAAAGGAAACGAAAAACUUCUUUCUGACUUGCGAGCCACUCUCGAUUCUUUAAAAGAGGAAAAAUCACAAGUUGAGGGCAAAUUAAAUCAAGUGCAAACGGAUUUAGAAAAGAAUAAACAGGAAAUGCAACUUUUGGAAAAAAAGUCGGUGAAACUAGAAGAAGAUUUAGCUGGGUUAAAUGAAGAGAAUAAUACGAUAAAAAAAGAAGCUGAAAAGAGGAAAGAAGAAAUGAAGGAACAUAUUUCUAAGCUAGCUGUUUUAAAAGAUGAAAACUCUAAGCAUCAGCAGCUACUAAAAGACCAUGAAUCAAAUAUGGAAAAAUUUAAAGAAGAGAACACCAACUUAGUUACCGAGAAGGAAUCGUUAGCGAAGAAAAUGUCUGAAGAAGUUAUGAAUUUGGAAGAGAAGGUAAAAAAAUUGCAACAAGAUUUGAAAGCUAAAUCACAAUCCUUUGAGAAGGAAAGAAAACUAUUGAAUGAAGGGUCUAACUCAAUAACCCAGGAAUAUUCUGAAAAAAUAACUAAAUUGGAAGAACAAAUUGCCAAAAUGGAAUUUGAACAAGCUGACAAAAACGGAAAAGUGGAACAGGAUAAGGUGAACUUGGAAGAAUGUAUCAAGGAAAAAGAAAAGGAGCUUGAAGAGUUUAAAAGUAAAUUAUCUCAAAUGACUACUAAUGCUGAUAACUUGGAAAAGGAGUUGACUGCUGCCAAAGUUGAAAACAGCUCAAUUAACCUUAAAAACCAAGAAAAAUGGGAGGAGUUAACUAAAAAAUUCUUAAUGAAGAAAGACGAUUUGGAAAAGAAAAUUAUUGAAACAAAAGAAUUAGAAACCCAAUUAAAAUCAAGUCAAAACUUACAUUUAAAAAUGGAAGAUGAAUUGAAAUUGCUCAAGGAAGAGAAACUAGUUUUGGAUGCAAACUUAAAACGUUUAGAAGAGGAUAAUAAGGAAAAAAUUUUGAAUUUUGAAACUAAAUUUGAACAAUGUGAAAAAAAUUUAGACUCCACUACCAAAAAAAUACAAUCUACUGAGAAAGAACUUGAAGAAUUAAGGGAAAAGUUUAAUACGAAAAGCGAAGAGAGUGCCAAUUUGCAAACUGAAUUAGAAUCAACAAAAAAAGAACUGGAACGUAUGAAGAUGUUGUCCAGUGAAUUGGAAUGUUUUAAAACCAAGGUUUCCAAGAAAGAAGCUGAGAUCAAAGAGAUUUCCUUGGAUAGAGAAAGGUAUAAAGCAUCGGAAUUAACUUUGGAAGAUCAAAAUGGAAAAUUAAAACAACAGCUUGAAGAGUUAAAAACAGAACUUACAAAACAAAAAGAAUUAACUAAAAGUAUUAAGGAAGAAAAUGCUAAAAAGGAGGCUGAAUUUCAAGGCGAAAUUAACAAAAUUAACGUUGAAUUACAGUCUUGGAAAGAAAAAAAAGUUACUGAUAGAACAGAACUUGAUGAGUUGAUGUUAUUAGUUGACGACUUGGAUGAAACAAAUAAGAUUUAUAAGGAAAAAUUGAAAGCAUUAGGCCAAGAGUUUUCUAGUGACGAAGAAGUUGACGAUGAAGACUAUAGUAACGAUGAAGACUAUAGUAACGAUGAAGAGACAAAAUAA